UGGGUAUUCAAUUUCUAAGCUGAUGAAAGGUGACGGCAUUGGAAUGCAUCAAAGUUGGUUGCAGUGAAGAUACGUCAUCGUCAUCAACGUUCUGGUCGGCACUGUCACUGCCAUUAGAGUUGAGAGCCGCUCAGACGCCAUUGCAAGCACGUGACAUCGCGUCACACUCUACGCGUGCCAGCCACGUCUUGUCCAAUCCAUCCUCCCUCCAAACCACCACGAUUCUCCCUCUUGGCCACCAUCUCCAGCCUCACCACCCUCGUCGCCUCUCCAACUCUCCCAUGUCAACACCACCGCAACCGCCAAACCCUCCCGAAGGCGCCUCCCUGCCCUCCACCGAAGCCGCCACGCUCCUCUCCUCCUUCACGACCUUCCUCACCCUCGCCCUGCACUCGCUGCUCUUCCACCGCGGCCUCUACCCGCGCACGACCUUCCUGACCGCCCGCGCCUUCAACCUGCCCGUGAGCCAGUCGCGCCACCCGGGCCUCUGCGCGUGGAUCAACGAUGCCGUGGCUGCCAUCACGGUGCAGCUGCAAAAGGGCACCGUGCGGCGCAUCGCCGUGGCUAUGCAUGCGCCCAAGACGUUCGAGGUGCGGGAGCGCUGGGUGUUUGCCGUCGAGGCGUUCCCCGCAUGGGGCGAGGUCCCUGAAGAGGAGGAUCCUGAGGGCGAGGACAAUGGCGCCGUCGACUUCGAGGCCGAGGAGCAGGAGGUCAUCAACUGGACCGACGUCAACGAGGCGCUCCGGGGAGCCCUCCGGCGCAUUGCCUACGCGGGGGAGAUGAUGCCUCCGCUUCCCGAGGGCAGUACAUUUACGCUCGCCGUUGAGCUCCGCGAUGAAGCCCCCGCGCCCAUAGGACAUCCUCAACAUUGGAUCCCUUCCCAACCCAACCUCCAACCUCCAUCCGAAACCUCACGGAACCAGGGCUCCUCCCUUGGCGGCACCACCACCACUCCCGUCCGCUCCGUCCGAGCUGGCCCGCUCUUCUUCGAGUGUUGGGUAGAGCAGGGUCCAACUCCUCCAUCGUCAUGACGCCAUCUCCAUCUGAAAACUUGCACCCCAUCACGCGAUACCCCCCCUGCCGAAUAGACACAAUCCUUCAGCUCGUCAUGACA